GCAGCAGGCAAACAGGCUGCGGACACAUCUCCCAAGCAGUGCCCCUCACCAUCUUGCGGCUCUCAGUGGCUCCGUUCCUACCGCCUGCAGAGACCUACAGUGACCGCAUCGUAACCGCAGCAGUAUGAUCUUCUCCCACAGCCUCGUGUUGCUGUGGGCUCUCGGCUCUCUGGGGGCCCUCUCCGCGUUCCCGCACGGAGGAGCUCCGGCUGUGUCUCCAGGACGGCACUGCGACCCGCUGACCCCCAAAGCUGAGGAACACGCGGACGCGUCACCAAGCCACAGGAGGGUCCCGCGUGGCGCCAGAGAGGGCAAGAGGCCCACGCACCCACACACACCCCUGGGCGCAAGACCGCCGCGACCCCUCGACCCUGAUGACUACUUCACUACACCCAAAGUGACGCACGCGCCAGAUGGCAACCUGACGCCAGGCUCUGAGGGGGCCUCGGGUGGGGCCGGGAUAGGGAACGGCAGCUCGGUGCCUGGGGGCGCCGCCCGCAUCCACAACCCCUUCUACCCAGUGACUGAGGGCUCGUACAGCGCGUAUGCAGUGGCGCUGCUGUCCCUUGUCGUGUUCGCUGUUGGCAUCGUGGGCAACUUGGCCGUCAUGUGCGUUGUGUGGCACAACUACUACAUGAAGAGUGCAUGGAACUGCAUCCUUGCCAGUGUGGCCUUCUGGGACUUUGUGGUGCUCUUCUUCUGCCUUCCCGUGGUCAUCUUCCACGAACUGACCAAGCGGCGGCUGUUGGGCGACUUCUCAUGCCGGGUUGUGCCCUACGUGGAGGUGACCUCCCUAGGGGUGACCACCUUCAGUUUGUGUGCCCUGGGGAUCGACCGUUUUCAUGCCGCCACGAGCACCCAGCCCAAGGUGCGCCCAGUGGAGCGAUGCCAAUCCAUCCUGGCCAAGCUGGCCGUCGUGUGGCUCGGCUCCAUGGUGCUGGCACUACCUGAGCUGCUACUGUGGCAGCUGAGCCAAGAGGCACCAGACGCCACCGGGGGUGUGCUGGACUCCUGCACCAUGAGGCCAUCACCCAGCCUCCCUGAGUCCAUCUACUCGCUGGUGGUCACCUACCAUGACGCACGCAUGUGGUGGUACUUUGGCUGCUACUUCUGCCUGCCCGUGCUGUUCACUGUGGCUUGUCAGCUGGUGACACAGCGCAUCUCCACUGAUGGAACCACCCACAAGCAGGAGGACUGUACACCGACCACAUCGACCGUGCCCCCAAAGCACCCAGAGCAUCACAACCAGAGAGAGCGGCAGCUCAACUGCACGGUCGUGGCACUCGCCGUGGUCUACGGCGUGUGCACGCUUCCGGAGAAUGCGUGCAACCUGGCACUGGCAUAUAGCUCGGCCCCCACAUCGGGCGCCACACUCUCGCUGCUGGCGCUCAUCAACCAGUUCCUGCUCUUCUUCCGCUCAUCUGUCACCCCCGUGCUUCUGCUGUGCCUGUGCCGGUCACUGGGCCAGGCCUUCAUGGACUGCUGCUGCUGCUGUUGCGAGGAGUGCCUGCCGGAGGGCGCUGCUGGCCCCGGUUCACUGGCCACUACCGGCCCUGCAGGAGAGUCCAAGCCGAAACCCGACACAUCCCCGUCCAUAUUCUUCGACAAGGCCAAGGACAGCUCCUCCAUCCUGGCCGUGGGUUCCUCCUGCUGAAACAGCUUUUCAUGGAUUAAGAGUGCCCCCCACCAGCUGUACACAUGGAUCAAAGCCUGCUUCACAUGAAAGCAACAAAUAAUAAUCAAUGUAUUAAUUAAUAUAGCAGAGGUAUGUGGCAUGGAGCAGAGUGGGGCGGAGUCUGCAACUCUUAGCAUUGAGUUUCUGGUGCUUCCCUGAUGGAGACCUUCUCCGAUCACUUUACUUUCAGCUGCUCACUGACACCAUGCCUCGUUAGAGCACUUCUGGAAUUUCUUAUAAUCAUAAUAAUAAUAAUAAUAAUAAUAAUAAUAAUAAUAAUAAUAACAAACAGUCCAACCCAGUUCACUUAGUGCAGUGAGAUUUCUGCCAUAAAUACUUGGACAGGAAUAAAUAUGUUCACCCAUGAAAUUGAUAAAUGCUGUCAUACAAGAAAUAUAAACAUUGCAGUUCUCAUGAUCUUCAUCAUGUUGACUGUUCUUCCACCUCUGCACUCACAGAUACUCACAGUGUAUUUCAUUCAUUCAUGUUGUGGAUUUCGCUAUGCUUUGUACACAGAGGAAAAUGUUGCUUACCUUUGAAAGUAUUUAUUCAUGCCAGAGUAUUUGUGCUCAGUAAGGAAGGCCUCAUUGCAUGGUUUCCAUAGUGGACUGGAACCUCAGCUCAGAGCUCUGGAUUCUCUUGCGUUCUGGCUGCGUUUCCAUCUCUAACCAAGUCCUGGCUGCUGCUCAAGUUGUGUUGGGAUGAAGGGAUUAGAGCAUGAUUCUUCUGGGAUCCUCUCCAUGGGAAAUCACAGGAUCACAUGUAUUGGAUCCUCUCAACGGGGACCCUUCUGUGGGAGCUCCCUUUGGAAACCCUUCCUUAUGAAUCCUUUAGUGAGAGUGGGAAACUCUCCUUAUGAAGCCCACUAUGCAAUUUUAUGUAUUGAUCCCCUCCAUGGAACCAGUCCAUGUAAACUCACUUUCUGUCUCUGGUCACUCUGAACAUGUUCCACAGCCUGGACACUGUCCUUGUGUAUAUAGUGUAUCAUCACAAUAAUUGGGGGGGCAGCUUCAACUGAAAGAAACGCAACAGCUGGUUUACUCUGCAACUUACCCAUCAGUGCCUAUAGACAAAGCAUUUGUAAGUACACUUCUGACUCAUAUUUUAUAUGCAUAUAUGUGCAUUAACUCGGAUCCUCCUGGUAAAUGCUGAUGGUGACUUUUUGUUUCAGGCCAUUUAGCCUGAAUGGAAAAGGACAGUAGGACUUUUUCAGGCACAUAGUCAUAGUGUGAACUUCUGUCACAUGACUGGGGACACAUGUCCUUGGUCAUGUAACUUGGGGGACACAUGUCCUUGGUCAUGUGACUGGAGAUUGGUGAUAUGUUGCUUUACCCUGUGUUUCUCCACUGUGAUAUUUUUAAACAUGCUCUUUCUUAACAUUGGACUGACAUUUUGCUCUCAAACACCUAUUUGUUUUUAACUAGUUCAUCUGAAAUUAGUGUAUUUAACACCUUAGAAUAACCAAACACAUUUUUAUGCUUAUUUAGCCUAUAAUAUGUUGAUGUUCAUAUGAAAUGAAGAAAUGGUAUAAUGAAUGAAGCAGAAAAACUGAUAAAUAUAAAUUCCUUUC